GCUUAUAUUUUCGAGCACCAUGCACCGUAAAUGAAAACAUUUUAUUGCAUUUUCUCCCAUAGAAGAUAACAUCAUACUGUAUUUUUUGUGAACGAAUUUGGGUCGAAUAGCAAAUAAUCAUGCCCAGCUUGAAAAAGAAAAAGUCAAGCUACGAAUCAACAGGAUUCGUACGACGAAUGCUAAAAAAGGGUUCUAGUUUUAGAUCACUUAACAAUGGAAGCGGAGACUCCGUAAUGAGCUCCUCGAGCGGUAAUCAGCCGUUUGGUAGACUCGCUGGAAAUGAAGGAAGCAAGUGGAGGCCCCGAAAAAACCAAUUUGAACGACUAGAUGGCGAUGACGAUGAAAGUAUAACAGCAGGUUUGGAGCUUAAGAAAUCUUUCUCUUCUUCGUGGGGUGUGGAACACAUUUCCACAUUUCCUUCCACAGAAAGCGAAAGUGGAGAGUACAAGAGAGACAUCAUGUUCGACAAGAAGGCAACCGCACUCAUUAAUCGAACCCCAAGCAAGGACAGGGAUAACAAGGGCAGUAAAAAGAGAGAAUUCAGUCCCAUCAAAUCACCUGGAAAAGAUACAUCAGUGAUACGAGGGCCAAGUUCUACAAAGAAGAUUCAAUCCAAGAUACAGGAAGAGGAGAUUAAAUGGGGCAACAACGAUAAUGCAGAUGUGGUUGGCUUUGGUGACAAUAAGACGACUGAUGCUAACCAGCAUUCAUUUUUCCCUGUUGCUUCAUCCGCUGCAACUAAUUCCGCAUCUAAUUCCUUUGGUUUUCAAAUCAACCCAAUUGGCGGGCAUUCUAAACAAAACGUAACAAAGAAAUGUCAUACCAUUCCUUCUCGUGAAGAACAGUCAUCGGCAAAUCCGCAAUCAUCGUACAGCUCUGUCGCAAGUGAUCCGACAGAUUUCUUUUCCAAGGAACAAACGACAAAGCUAACUAUGAGUAAUCUAGCGAAGAUGGAUUCAUCAUUAGAUAACACACAUAGUAUCAGCGCUGGUGAAAAAGAACCUGCGAUGGGCGGUAUUGAGAGAAUGGUCAAAGAACGCAAAUUUUAUCAAUUUACCAUCGACGAGGACAAGGCCUCAACCGUGGUGGAAUCAACAUUCCAACUUCCCGCCGACUACCCAUACGGAGACAGAAACUACAGCAUAGACGAUGAUGAAACCCAGUUCAGCUGCAGUGAAACUAGCCAAGAAACGAGAAUCCAACAGCGUUCAAAGACGAAUGAAAUUGUCUCUAAAACUUCUGAAAUUGUUACCGAUGAUAAAUUGAACCCCAUCCAUAGCGGCCAAAAUGCCGAUGACGUGAACGAAUUCGAUGCCUUCUUUCCAGGUACUGAAGGCGACGAAAAGGACGGGCAGAAGGAAUUUGACGCUUUCUUCCCCCUUAGCACCAAGAAAGAUAGCUUCUUUGAUGAGUGCUCUUCAAACCAACAAGAAUCUCGACAAAAAUUAGCAGCAACUGAAUCUGACAUCUCGUCUUCCUGGGGUGAUGCGUAUUUUGAACGUAGCUACAAAUCGUCGACUGAGUUUGAGGGACGUUGCAGAGCACAACGAGGUCGUUGUGAUGAGCGCCGUGUACAAAAAGCGAGCACUAAAUCUCUUGCGUCACAACAAGUCAGUAUAACAUCUCUUUCCUAUAGUCCUAGCCCUGUCCAUAAGGCUAAAAGUACUGACAUCCCUCAAAAUGGCCGUCAACCGUUGACACAUAAAAAUACUCAAUCAGGCGCUGAGAACAAUAAUAUAGUGCCGUCUGGAAAGAAGGUGGUCCAAGGGAACGAUUGGUUCAGAUCGGAAAACUCACAGAGGAAAAGUUCCGAAUUUCAAUUCGACGAUUUUGUUGCUCGUCCACCAUCAUUUAAGAAGAGAAAUUCUUCUAUUGCAUCCAGCAACAUUCAGUUGCCACCAUCUGACCCUUUCGAAUCUCUUCCGAACGGAGCUAGUGCAAAAGAAAACUUCGCUGUGCGAUCCAAUCGACCUGAAGAUUUUGGUGGUGACUGGAGAGCGUAUCAGAAAAAUCAAUAUCCUAUUCAUCGUAGAAAGUCUUUCGAAGAAGAGGACAAGGACGACGACGACAACGAUAGCUUCGACGAUGUUGGUCCUUGGGAAAAGCAGUCCAGUUUUGGUAAUGGAAUUUCUAGAGCCCAACUAAGAAAUUCUGGCAAUAGAUCUCGUCUUUCUAGACACAAUUACUCCCCUGCCAAUCGGCCAAGCAGAAAUCAAUACAUUGACGAUGGCUAUGUAGACGAUGACAAUAGAUCUACGGGUGGAUUUUCGUUUGAAAAGCCUUCCAGAUCGUCAGCUGGUGCUGGAUCCUAUGCAAAACCCUUGGCAUUACCGAGCAACGCUAUUGUGGCAUCGAUGCUGUUUCGAACGCACUAUGACAUCGAUCAAAACGAUGUUGAAGAAAAGAUAAACAAAUUUGAGGAGGAAAACUCGAAGCAAAGAGAAAUUCGUCAUCUUCAUGGUGAUAUUCCCGACGACGUGCAUGCAGAUACAGAAAAUAUGACUACUGUUUCGUCCUUUUCAGAUGCCACGAGUGCAUACUUCCAGGAGUCUUGGAGGAGACCUUCCCGUGACUUGGUCAACCAUUUGAGCAGUGCUCGCGCUCUUGACAUGGACUAUCCCUCUGCGCGACGCUUUCCGACAAGGCAAGUAACACAAGCAGAACAACAGUUACCGCCGGGAUUGUAUGAAGCCUAGUGAAUCUAUAUCAUGAUAGAUCAGCAUAACGAUACACUAUAAGUGCAUGGUACAACUCAUGCUGGUCGUGAGGUUGCAUUCUGAUCGGUGACAGUACAAGCUGUCACCACAAAAAUUCCUGCUGAUACAAAAAAGAGAGAUAUGAAAAAAUGAGAUUACGUGUCGUGUAUUUUUUUGCUGAAUAUAUAUUAUGUACUAUUAAAUAUUUGAGUAUCAAAGCAUUUUGUGUAAUCACAGUGGAUCGUGCCAUUCACGAUACAGAGAAUUGAACUCAGAGUCUACUAUUGCAUGGGGCUAGGGUGCUUGACCAUAUAUCUCAUCCUGCCAUCACCACCAUGCAGUCUACCCUUUUGGUAGAUAUUUGAUGCCCUUUGCAAAUGCUAGAGCUAGAGGUCCAAUGUUAAUCAGU